CACCUUCUUUUGUGGAGGAACUUACGGACCAGACGAUUGCCCCCGGUCAGUCGGUGACACUGUCCUGCCGGACUUCUGCGCAUUCGUCUCCUCACGUUGAAUGGUUCAAAGAUGGGGCCGCCCUUCGCAGCACAGACAGGAUACUGAUUUCGUCCACGCUCAAACACUACCAGCUUUUAACUAUAUUAGCGGCGACAAAGGAUGAUUUUGGGACUUACACCUGUGUAGCCACCAACUCUCAGGGCACCGUCUCCACCACCUGUGUAAUAAGGAAAGCAGAGGCACCAUCGAACCCUCCAUCUCCUGACAUCAUGGAGGUCCUUGAAGAUGGAGUCCAGUUGGCCUGGAAGCCGGUGGAACUUAACACCCCCGUAACUUACACAGUCCUAUGCAGGAAGGAAGGGGCAGCCUGA